AUGGCAGCCUUUUCUAACGCCUCUGACGCGUUUUAUGACGAUGUCUCAGGCACAUCCCCGAGAGCAUAUCGAAAUGCGCAAUUGAACCGCCAGGGUGGUAGGGCUGACCCUUAUGGAGGCAUGAGUGCUCCCAUGUUUGGGGCUGAUAGCGCUCUGCCCAAUAUGCGUUUUGACGGUAUGCGCGAUAGCUUUGGAGCACCGAUGCAGAAUCCUGGGGUGGGAAACAUCAAUUUUCCCUACGAUGCAAGCGCUGCUCAAACAUGGAGUUCGGGAGGGGCAUCUUUGCAGUCCUUUGGAAAUGGCAUGGGCAAUAUUCCCCAAAAUGCAAACUACGGGCCAUCGCGAAGUGUCAAGCCCAGCCGAGGCCGUGUGGGAAUUUCGAACAUCUGGUAUGAUCAGCCAGGACAAUUGCAGCAACAACACCCUGCAAUUGUGGGACACCGGUCGGGUCCUCAAGGCCGCAAUGACCAGCAGGAAGAUGACGACGAAUUGAUCCCCACAGCAAUCGUGAUUAAGAACAUACCCUUCGCUGUGAAAAAGGAACAGCUUGUCCAAUUGAUGGUUGAUAUGAAUCUGCCUCUACCAUAUGCAUUCAACUAUCACUUUGACAAUGGGGUCUUCCGGGGUCUGGCCUUUGCCAAUUUCACUUCUCCUCAAGAAACCGAACAAGUCAUUCAAGCUCUGAACCAUAUGGACUUGAGCGGGCGCAAGUUGCGAGUGGAGUAUAAGAAAAUGCUGCCUCUCGCUGAACGAGAGCGCAUAGAAAGAGAAAAGCGCGAGCGGCGUGGCCAGUUGGAGGAACAACACCGCCCCAUGGCACAAUCACAGCUUCACAACCAGGUCUCGCUGUCGUCGAUUUCUCGAAACACCCCAUCUCCCCUUUCCCAUCGCAGCACAAUGCCUGAUGUCGACAUGAAUGACCCCAAGACUCUCGAGUUCUACACCGAGAUGACGCUGUUUAGACGAGACCCGACUCGUGAAGUCCUCAUAUUCCCCCCAACACUAGAACCACACCAUCGUCGCAUUGUUCACACCUUAGCCCACCACAUGGGCUUAAUGCACACAUCCCGCGGCACUGGAGAUCAGCGACAAGUUCACAUCCACCGACCGGCGCCUGGCACGAAUGUGAGCCCACCGACUCUCGCAGGUGGAUUUCCAACCAACGAUGGUAUGCGCCAGACUCUCGCCAGAUCUUCUACGGCAGACUUCAAUGACGGCAGACAAUAUGACGGUCCUUCUUUCAACACUCUUCGCGGCCAGUCCUCGGUCGGACUGCUGGAUGUCAUGGAUUCCAGCGCCUACGGCAGAAACGCUGAUAGCAACCUCCGCAACGCCAAAUCUUUUGCUGACCUGCGAUCAUGGAGCCCGUCGCCCGUGCCGUCGUCCGCAAGCUUCCCCGCAGCAUUGCAGACCAACGGAGCACGUCUGCAAGCGUUGAACGAUACAGCUGGGUCCAACACGCCCACCUUGACUCCGACAGCCUCUAACUCAGGCGUCAGCCGUGAUGAGCCUUUCCUCAUCUCUAGCUUUUCCAACCUUUCCAUGACUAAUAAUGGUGGCAGCCAGACCAGCCCUCGCCGUCAACGCAGUUUUUUCGGGAACGGAUCCGAAUGGACUGACGGCCAAAACUACCAACCCACCGGUCCCAUCGGCAGCAAGCGAACCGUUAGCAUAGGGCCGGAGACGACCUCCCAGAACACCAACCCCCUGCGUCAGUCGCGCGGACCGAGUUCAACCAGCGCCAUCGGCUUCCGCCGACAGAACGGACGUGGCAGUGAUGAAUUGCGUACGGCCGCAUCAGCAAUUGCCGAAUGA